GAUCACUCACGAAAAAGCUCAGCAGACCCUGAUGUGCAGUAGGUGCUCAAUAAAUGUUAGCCAGCAAAAACAAAAAAAAAAUCAGCUAGGAAAUUGCAGUACUGGACUUCUGACUCCAACCUCAAUGUUCCUUGCCCCACAUCAAGCUGUUUCACUUCAAAUCCUCUCCAUUUCGCAAUGGAGUCAUCCCGGGUUGAAGGAGUGAACUAUGCAUUGGAGGGCUGCCCUAAGCAGGCAGCAAAGAGACAGCUUGGUCUCCAGUGACCUGAAAGAAUUAUUUAUUGCCCUGAAGUCCAGUGUGCCAGUUGCCAAAGGGAAAAGCUUCCUUCCAACUGGCUCAGCAAGCUGACAGAGGAAGAGUCGGGUUCUUGCUGGGGCAGUCAUGCAGAGCUGGGAUGACAAGCAGAAGGCUGGCAGAUCUGUCUCUGGGCAGAUGGAUCACCUGAUACACAUGCUGGGGCCUGAGCCCUGGGAUUGGCCCAAAACAGGGCUGUGUUGACCCAAAAGCUGGGCAUUGGCAUCCUGUCAAUCUGCCGAGAGCCUAGAAAUAGUGCGGGGACAGUCUGCUGGUCUCAGUGUGUUAGAGGAAGCAACCAUGCAGGUGCUAACCAAGCGUUACCCCAAGAACUGCCUGCUGACCGUCAUGGACCGGUAUUCAGCCGAGGUGCACAACAUGGAGCAGGUGGUGAUGAUCCCCAGCCUUCUGCGGGAUGUGCAGCUGAGUGGGCAUGGGGGCCAGGCCCAGGCUGAGGCCCCUGAUCUCUACACCUACUUCACCAUGCUCAAGGCCAUCUGUGUGGAUGUGGACCAUGGGCUGCUGCCGCGGGAGGAGUGGCAGGCCAAGGUGGCAGGUGGGGAAGAGAAUGGAACCGCAGAGACAGAGGAAGUCGAGGACGAGAGUGCCUCAGGAGAGCUGGACCUGGAAGCCCAGUUCCACCUGCACUUCUCCAGCCUCCAUCACAUCCUCACGCACCUCACCGAGAAAGCCCAGGAGGUGACAAGGAAAUACCGGGAAAUGACGGGACAAGUUUGGUAGACCUUGGACACUAGGGAAGAUCCCUUCACAUGAUAGAAAGCAGACUCUUUGAUGUGGCUGGCGGAGCAGUUCACUAGCCGAUGAUGAGAGCAGAAAGGCCUAGACCUGCCGCCAGAAGUGAAGGCGGCUCAGUUCUCCGGGAUGCUUCUCUACCUCCUGAGCACCAAUUCCUGGAUUCCAGUCACUGGCGCACCUUUAGAAUGUCUGUUGCUAUUCACUGCUCCCCUCGCUCCUCUUACCAGCUUGGGGAGGUGACCAGUGGUCCAGUGUGGUAUGGUAGGAAGAGUGUAGGUGUUGGCACGUGACCAAAAUUCACAUCUCCCCUCAUGGCAGUCAUUCAGUACAUGUACUUGUACAAGUUAUUUAAUCCAUUGGAGCCUAAAUUCCCUCAUCUAUAAAAUGGGGAUAAUAUUAUCUACCUCACAAGCUUAUGAAAACUAAACAUGAUGAAUCUAAAGCACUUGGCAUGUGAGGGCUAUUAAAAUAGCCUGAUUUUUUUUUCUCCCCCUCUCCCCUAUGUAUUUGCUCUGGCCCUUGCUUUUUACCCUCUAGAGCUAAGAGGUAGCAGAGUCUCUUGGGAUGAGUGGUUCACCCUCUUUUAUUUGGCGACCACUGAUGAGGCCAAUGACAGGUGAACUAUAAACCUAUUUAUUGCACAACUAAUUAAAAAAGCCAAAGCCUUG